UCCAGGCAAAACUCCGUAGGCUCCAGGUUUUGUUUUGUGGGCUCCAGCUAGGUUAAAAUAUAGGUUAUAAAUAUAUGUAAUAAGUAUUAACUGCUAAAAUGACUCAAAAAAGCAAACCAUUGCUGUUCAAUAUACUGGCCGAAUGUAAAACUUCUAAAGCCAGAGUCGCUAAAAUGAUAUUACCUCAUGGAGAAAUCGACACUCCAGUUUUUAUGCCGGUUGGAACACAAGGAACUCUGAAAGGUUUGCUGCCAGAACAGUUGGAGAAAUUAGGCGUCCAAAUAAUGUUAGCUAACACUUAUCAUUUGGGGACGAAGCCUGGCGCUGAAAUACUAAAGAAGGCUGGUGGUUUACACAAAUUUAUGAAUUGGAAUGGAGCACUUCUAACUGAUUCAGGUGGUUUCCAGAUGGUUUCUUUAUUAAAACUUGCUGAAAUAACAGAAGAAGGUGUGAAAUUUCAAUCUCUAAAUGAACAGAAAGCUGAAGUAAUGUUAACACCAGAACAUUCAAUUGAAAUACAAAAUGCUAUCGGAGGCGAUAUAAUCAUGCAGUUAGAUGAUGUUGUGAAAACCACAAAUCCUGAUAAAGAAAGGAUAGAAGUAUCAGUACACAGGACAACUAGGUGGUUAGACAGAUGUUUAAAAGCACAUCAAAAUCCUGAUUCUCAAAAUAUUUUCCCAAUUGUCCAGGGAACACUAUAUGAAGACUUGAGGAUUAUAAGUGCAAACGACCAUAUAAAAAGAAAUGUUCAUGGAUAUGCCAUUGGAGGAUUAAGUGGCGGAGAAAGCAAAGAUGAGUUUUGGAAAAUUGUAAAUUUGUGUACGGAUCUCCUUCCAAAAGACAAACCAAGAUAUCUUAUGGGUGUUGGAUUUGCAGUGGAUUUAGUUGUGUGUUGUGCAUUGGGUGUUGAUAUGUUUGACUGUGUUUUUCCGACAAGGACAGCAAGAUUCGGAUGUGGUUUGACUAUGACUGGCCAAAUCAACCUGAAAAAGAAUAUAUACGCUAGAGAUUUUAACCCCAUCGACAAAGAGUGCACUUGUAACACUUGCAAGAAUUAUACAAGAGCUUUCCUGCAUGGGAUAGUUACCAGCCAUACUGUAGCUUGCCAUUUACUGACCGAGCAUAAUGUUGCUUUUCAAUUGAGGCUCAUGAGAAACAUUAGAGAAAGUAUACACGAAGACAGGUUCCCUGCUUUUGUUUCUAACUUUAUGUUAGAUUUAUAUCCUGAUAAAAAUUAUCCCACAUGGAUAAGAGAUUCCUUAAAAGCAGUUAAUAUUGAAGUAUUAUGAUAGUGCAAAUGGGUAAUGGUAUUAACCAGGUAUUAGGUAAUACUUACAGAGACUUUCGUUUUAUAAAACAAAUUAUAAAUUUGUGUACACAAGUUCAUCAUUAGUUUGAACACAAAUUAACUCAUAUAAAAUAUAUAAUUUAUGUAUUUUAUAAUGUUGGUCAGAGGACAAUGAGAAAAAAUAGUUCAAUAAGGAAAUAAGUCCCGAGAAUUUAGAAAUUGUUUUAAUUCUUUCUUUAGGUAAAUGUACUCUGAAGUUUUCCUCCUCGUAUGAAGUCUACGUUAGUUGCCUUAAGAAGGUUUAUCUGAUAUGGAAUUGACAAACAAAUAUUCAUAAAAAAAUUAAUAUAAGAAAAUCCUGAAAUAAAAUUAUGACUAGUUUGGAUACCUAAGAGAUGAGAUAUUAAU